AUGUCGCGACGGCCCAUUGACGAGCAGACUGGUGCCCCCACGAGCUGCGAGCACAGAGGCCAGGCCGUCCGCGGCAGUUGCCCCGAAGUCUUCAGGAUGAAAGUGCGCAGGCGGUGGAGGAGAGGGCGGGAGCGGUGCAGUUCGGUAAGGAUUUCGUGGCAUGUUGUUCAGCGUUGAUUCGCGUCCGCAUGUCCAACGUCGGGGCGCGUUCCUUCAAUGCUAGUCGUAUCGUUCGCAAUUUCGGCUCUUCAGGUACUGGCCGGCUCUCCGUGUUCCACGCGUUCCCGUGCCGCAUCCUGCAAGCGUCAAAGUGCCCGAUUCCGCAUGGAGCAAGCAAGGAAAUGCACGCACUCCAUCAAGGCACUAAGCUGUCGCAUGGAAGAGAUAAUGACAGGAAGCAAAUGCACUUUUAUUCACUCCGAGGCACAAAGUUGCCACAUGAAGGAGCUAGAUAAUUCAUCGCAGCACGUCUUGUCGUUGCUUUUCUGGCGUGCCAGUACUGACACAU